AUGAUGCGCAUGGCCCCACUCCGCGCCGCCUCGUCGGCAGUGGCGAGCACUACCAGCUCCGCCGCCUCUUCUUCUCGAUCCGUCUUGGCUUCCAAUUCGGGAAUGGCAUCUCGAAGGUGCCUCCAGACCUCGGCUAAGCUGUCUCAGGCAUCCCCCGCUGAGCCUCCGAAGAUGAUCAAGCUGCAAGUCAAUGGUAGGGAUGUCGAAGUCGAGCAAGGGUGAGUUGGACAUGUCAAAAGCCGCACUGGAAGAUUCGCGGUCAACUAAAUGUAUGCUUGCCACUCUCGAUUCUCCCUCGUCAUUGUCAGAACGGCUCUCAUCCAAGCAUGUGAAAAGGCUGGAGCACAGAUUCCUCGAUUUUGCUACCACGAGAGACUUCAAAUUGCUGGUAAUUGCCGUGAGUGCAAUCCAUUGGUGCGCUGGGCUGCGAGUCAGUCCGUCUUGUUCAACCAGCUGACUCGUUCCUCACCUUGUUGCCACUCAGGAAUGUGCUUGGUAACCUCGCAAGGAGCACCAAAGCCCGUGGCUUCUUGUGCUAUGCCUGCGGCUCCAGGCAUGAAGAUCUUUACAGUAAGUAUCGUGGCCGAGCCCUAUCGUCCGGUACGCGCAGACGCUCAUCUCAAAUGCGUUGACAUCGCAGGAGGACGAAAAGACAAAGACGGCGCGAGCAAACGUGAUGGAGUUCUUAUUGGCAAAUCAUCCACUGGACUGCCCCAUCUGCGAUUGGGGUGGCGAGUGUGACCUGCAGGACCAGUCGAUGCGCUAUGGAUCCGAUCGCGGACGCUUUCACGAGAUUGCAGGAAAGCGCGCGGUGGAGGACAAGAACCUGGGGCCCCUGGUCAAGACGAUCAUGACCAGGUGCAUCCACUGCACCAGGUGUGUUCGUUUCAGCAACGAUGUAGCUGGCGUGCAGGAGAUGGGGACGUCGGGACGAGGCAAUGACUUGCAGAUCGGCACCUACAUCGAAAAGGUCAUCGACUCUGAGAUGAGCGGAAACAUCAUCGACCUGUGCCCCGUCGGCGCGCUCACCAGCAAGCCAUACGCGUUCACUACCAGACCUUGGGAACUGAAGAAGACGGAAAGCAUCGACGUUUUGGAUGCCGUCGGCUCCAACAUUCGCGUCGACUCUCGUGGCGUGCAGGUCAUGCGUGUCUUGCCCCGCACCAAUGACGAUGUCAAUGAGGAGUGGAUCAACGACAAGACCAGAUUCGCAGUCGAUGGUCUCAAGUAUCAACGAUUGACAACUCCUCUCAUCAAGCAGGGCGACCGCUUCGUCCCCGCGUCUUGGCCAGAGGCUCUCGCCACUGUUGCCGAGGGCUUGGCCGCUAGCGGCGCCAAGGGAGACGAGAUUCAGGGUGUGGCUGGUGCGCUCGCAGACGCAGAGAGCCUCGUCGCUUUGAAGGAUCUGAUUAACUCGCUCGGCAGCGAGAACGUCACCGUAGAUUUACCAGCUGGUCAACUGCCACCCGCCUCUGGCGUUGACGUUCGCUCCAACUACCAGUUCAACAGCACCAUUGCUGGUAUCGAGGAAGCCGAUGCUCUGCUCUUGAUCGGCACCAAUCCUCGACACGAGGCCGCCAUCAUCAACACGAGAAUCCGCAAAGCAUAUUUGCACAAGGGUCUCGAUGUUGGGUUGAUCGGAGAAAAGGUCGACACAACUUACGAGUACGAGCACGUCGGCAGCGACGCCAGCGCUAUCGCUGACGUUCUCGCGGGCAAGGGCAACUUCGGAAAGCGAUUGAAGGAGGCCAAGAAGCCGAUGAUUGUUAUUGGAAGUAGUGUCCUGGAGCACGUCGACGGAGCAGCAGCGCUCUCUGAAGUGGCAAAAGCGGUGCAGGCAGACAAGCGGUACUUGAGCGAAGAGUAUACAGGCUUUGGCAUUCUGCAAAGGACAGCUUCGCGUGUCGCUUCCCUCGAUGUUGGCUACAGCCCAAGCCAGCAGGCUAGCAAGACAUCGCCCAAGUUUGUCUACUUGCUCGGUGCCGACGACUUUGCCAAUGCGGAGGACAGGAUUCCGAGGGAUGCCUUUGUUGUAUACCAGGGUCAUCAUGGAGAUGUGGGAGCGCAAUAUGCUUCCGUCAUCCUGCCGUCAUCAUGCUACACGGAACACAGCCUGACCUAUACCAACACGGAGGGACGCAACCAGAUCACCCGCGCUGCCGUCCCACCACCCGGAGCUUCUCGAGAGGGCUGGAAGUGCAUCCGAGCUCUCUCGGAAGUGCUAGGCAGCCCGUUGCCGUACGAUGAUAUCCUGAGCGUGAGGGACAGGAUGUUCGACAUUUCGCCCACGUUGACGCGUUACGAUCAACGGGAAGCCACCAGUGCGGCCACCGCGCUCUUGGGUUUGAAGGACCUGCAAGCGAAGGCGAAGGGCAAGAAGAUUACGGGCGCCCCUUUGCUCAAUCCCAUCCAAAACUUUUACCAGACGGACGCGGUGUCCAGAUCUUCUCCCACUAUGGCCAAGUGCGUCGAUGCAUUCAUCAACAAGAUUGGCGACGAAGGCAGACCGGGCGCGGAGCUCGCCUCGUUCAGCUAG